GUGACGCAGGGAAACGCGGUAAAACGAUAUUCCGGUUUGGAGAAGGAGGGCAACAGCAGCGGCAGUAGCAGCAUGGCAUCCGACAGCACCAUGGAUAACGUUAACGGACGAGAGACCGUUUCCCUGAACGGGGAGCCGAUAGUUAAGCGGCCACGGGAGAGUGUAUCGCAGGAGUGUCCUCUCCGUGUCCCGAAGGAGCCUCAGAACAAAGUGACCGUCGUGCUCGGAGCCCAGUGGGGCGACGAGGGCAAAGGAAAAGUUGUGGACUUGCUUGCAAUGGAUGCGGAUAUUGUAUGCAGGUGUCAGGGAGGCAACAAUGCAGGUCACACAGUGGUUGUGGACUCAGUGGAGUACGACUUCCACCUGCUGCCAAGUGGAGUGCUCAACAAGAAGGCUGUCUCCUUCAUUGGCAACGGAGUGGUGAUACACCUACCAGGUCUUUUUGAGGAGGCUGAAAAGAACCUGCAGAAAGGCAAAGGAUUACAAGGAUGGGAGGAGAGAUUGAAGAUAUCUGAUCGAGCCCACCUUGUGUUCAACUUCCAUCAAGCUGUUGAUGGUAUCCAGGAGCAGCAGCGGCAGCAACAAGAAGGGAAAAAUUUGGGAACCACCAAAAAGGGUAUCGGUCCUGCCUACUCCUCCAAAGCUGCUCGCAACGGCCUGCGGGUCUGUGACCUAGUCUCAGAUUUCAAGGUUUUUGAGGAAAAGUUCCGUAUGUUGGCAGAACAUUUCCUGACCAUGUAUCCAAAGCUUAACGUGGACGUUGACAGUGAACUGGAGCAGCUGAAGGGACUUGCAGAGAGACUGCGUCCUCUGGUGACUGAUGGCGUCUACUUCAUGCACAGAGCUCUUACUGGUCCCAGUAAGAAGAUCCUGGUGGAGGGGGCAAACGCUGCUCUGCUGGAUAUUGACUUUGGGACGUAUCCUUUCGUGACAUCUUCUAACUGCACCGUGGGAGGAGUGUGCACUGGUCUGGGCGUGCCUCCAUCCUACGUUGGCCGAGUGUACGGUGUCGUCAAAGCCUACACCACUCGGGUGGGCGUCGGCGCUUUCCCAACAGAGCAGGAUAAUGAGACUGGAGAACUGUUACAGUCCAGAGGGCGAGAGGUCGGUGUGACGACGGGCAGAAAGAGGCGUUGUGGUUGGCUGGACCUGAUACUGGUCCGAUACGCCCACAUGGUCAACGGCUUCUCUGCAAUUGCGCUGACAAAGCUGGACAUUUUGGAUACGCUGCCGGAGAUUAAAGUGGGCGUGGCCUAUAAGGUUGAUGGAAAAUCUCUACCAAGUUUCCCAGCGAACAUGGACGUCUUGACGCGGGUGUCCGUGGACUACGAGACGUUGCCCGGCUGGUGCUGCAACACGGAGGCGGCUCGCAGCUUCGAGGAGCUGCCGUCGCAGGCCCAGAGUUACAUUCGGUUCAUCGAGGACUUCCUGCAAGUGCCAGUGAAGUGGGUCGGAGUCGGCAAGUCCAGAGAGAGCAUGAUCAAACUGUUUUGAUCCACCUGCGGACCUGUAGUCCUC